AUGGUACUCUCGGAUAACAAUGCGUUUCUUGAGGAGCUCGGCCGCCUGUACGAGCAGAACCGCAAGACAGGCUGUGGAUCAGUCUGGGUGACUCUGAAAAGAUCGUUUCCCGCACUGAAUGGCGUUCGCGGCCUGAAGCGCAAAAGGGCUCUUCAGGAUGAAGACAAGGUUCAGACUAGCGUAUGUCUGAUACGGGCUACCAAUGGAAGAAAGAAGAUUUCUACUCAGUUCAGCGGCGCUCUGAUGGGAGUGGUAAGGCUAAACGCAGAUGAUCUGCGGCCAUCCCAGCGAACGCCUCGCAAGACGAACUGCCCCGAAGCUCAGCCUAGCGACGCCACUCAGUCACAAGGAAACAAGCGAAUGAAGACCCACCAAAAACGUUCUGCUGGGGAAGAAGGGAAGCGAGAUGUUGACCCCGGGAGGCGGGCUUUGGCUCUGGAGAAAAGAGAAGACUCUGCGUGCGAAAUGCUAGGCGGUUAG